AUGAAAGGAGCAAACGGGCGUUGUGGUAUUAGUACUAAUGAAGAAGAAACUACAGCUGCCAUGAGUACAGAAGCUACUAUGAUGAGAGCCUGCAAAGAAGACAAUCCCAGUGGAUGCACCGUUGAUACUGCCGUACCGGUAGUCGAUCUUCUGACCAACCGCAAAGAGGUAGACGACAAAAAACCAGGGGCCAUGUUUGCCACUGCUAGUUCAUCCGCUUCUUUGUCCAAAAAGGGAUUAUCCCGCACUCCGGAAAAAUUGGCUGACAAGCUGAAUGCCGAAAGGGGCACACAUCAGAGCACCCAUCAAGUUGAUCUUGACACUGCGGUAGUCACCAAGAAACCAGGGGCCAUAUAUGCUACUCGUAGUUCCUCAGCUUCUUUGUCAAAAAAGGGAUUAUCCCGUACUCCAAAGCAAUUGGCUGACCGCCACCAAGUUGAUGUUGACACUGCGGUAGACGACAAAAAACCAGGGGCCAUAUUUGCUACUCCUAGAUCCUCAGCUUCUUUGUCAAGAAAGGGAUUAUCCCGUACUCCAGAACAAUUGGCUCACAAGCGGAAUGCCGCACGGGGUAAACAUUCGCCAAGCUCCAGUACAACCACUUCCCCUACAAAAAACUCAGGUCGGAACAGUACCAUUGGUGCCGUCAUGGAGUCUCAUGGGCUGGGACGAUCGACAAAGGCGCAGCAAGCCAAACGGGCAAUGUGUAGUGGAGCGACACUACAACUAGACCGCAACACAACCACAGAUUCUACGAAACACAAUAAUAAUGUCAAUAACAAAGGCAAUACCAAAGGGUUGCAGAGAAAGAGCCCAUCUGGCGUGGACACACAGCAAACAACAGCACAUGAUGUGAUGACGAUGACAACUUUGUGUGAUUUACGCAAGAACAGCAGAGCUCCUGCGGCACUUACAACGGCUGAAGAAGUAACAGGGCCUAGGGAUCGUCACCAUGAUGAAGAAAAUCAUUUUGAGCAGGGCAUCAGGAAAAGGAGAGGCAGUGUCGGAGAGUUGGCUAUGCCAUAA